UGUCGUAGAGACAAGUUUUUGAAAUUUCAAAUUUCCCUCCGAAAAAAUGUGCUAGUGCCGUUUCGGAUUUCGUGCAAAGACUUUUCGGGAUAAGUGCGCAAUGACUGUUACGGGCAAUUUGGGCAUUAUGCACAGACAUUGCUUUGGAUACCCAUUUCAAGGUACAACAUACAAAAAAUAUACAGGGUGUAGCGAUAAUGAGGGCUUUUUGCCAGGUCAAGGCCGGGUGAACCAAUUAGGUGGCGUCUUCAUAAAUGGCCGCCCUUUGCCCAACCACAUAAGACUGAAAAUCGUGGAAAUGGCCGCGAAUGGAAUCCGGCCCUGUGUUAUUUCCAGGCAAUUGCGGGUGUCCCACGGGUGCGUCAGCAAAAUUCUCAAUAGGUACCAGGAGACCGGGUCCAUCCGCCCCGGCGUGAUCGGCGGCUCCAAGCCGCGCGUCGCGACGCCGGAAGUGGAAAGCCGCAUCGAGCAAUACAAACGCGAAAAUCCGUCGAUUUUCAGUUGGGAAAUUCGCGACAGACUAGUCAAAGAGGGAAUUUGUGACCGAAGUACAGCGCCGAGUGUUUCAGCAAUUUCCCGAUUGUUGCGUGGGAAAGGUGGGGAAUGUGACGACAAAUCCACCGACAACGAAGGAGUGUCGGACUGCGACAGCGAGCCGGGGAUUCCCCUAAAACGCAAACAGCGCCGCUCUCGCACAACCUUCACCGCCCACCAACUCGACGAGCUAGAAAAGGCCUUUGAACGUACCCAAUACCCUGACAUUUACACCAGGGAGGAACUCGCCCAAAGGACCAAACUAACCGAGGCCCGGAUUCAAGUCUGGUUCAGUAACCGACGCGCCCGCCUUAGAAAACAAAUAACUUCGGCUGCGACGCCACUGGUGCGCUCGUACGCCCCUGACCGGUACCCACCCUUGGGCCAAGGGAUGAACGACGACGCUUUCAACAGUGUCGCGACGCCGACGCCAACGUCAGUCAUGACAGAGUUGUAUCCAAGUCCGGUUCCGGGUCAUUCGACGUCCCCUAACCUACCAUUGACCCAUAACAUCGCCCAUAACCCAUAUCCGUCCCAUUCCAUCUACCCAUCGUCGAAUUUAAUGCCCCUCAACAACAUCGGGAUUAAUUACAAGGACACUAAUGAUAACAACGUUUCGACGGCUGUUACGACACAACAUCAGGGCUAUCCCACCAAUACUGUGACAAUCCUUGGACCAAACAGUGGAAAUAGCAACAGUAACGACCCCCCGUGCCCCACUGACGCCGCCCCCCCCAAUAACAACCUCCAAUGGGGGAUGCCACCCGCCCAAAUCCCGCGUAAUCCCAGUCCCAGUCAAAAUAUUCCCACGAGUUUGGGACAAAUUGGACAACCCUUGAAUCAAAGUUUCACAGCGUUUGGACAAAACAGUGUCGAUAAUACAGGAAUCCACUAUUCGGCACAGAAGAACUUCGGCCAUCAGCCCUACUACGGAUGGUUUUGACGUAUUUUGAAUUUAGUAGCCAAGAUACGAACCCGUUUUACAGAAAACUGACUUACCAGUGAACUUUUGUAUUUUUUGUAUUAUUAUCUUGCACUGUGUUUGAGGGCAAUCAGGAGAUAGAGCCAAAUGGGUUUUAAUAAUUACUUCACCCGCAGUAUUUUAAGUUUAAGUAAUAUAUUGUGUUAGGUUUGAUUAUUUUCGUAUGUAUUACCUAUUUUCGCAUUAACUUGUAUUAUAGUGUGAAUAAAAUGUAUACUUUUA